AUGGGGGGCGGGGGCUGCAGUAGCCAGCAGCUCCCCCUGGACCGCAGCGUGGAGGUAGCGGGUGGCAGCGGUGCCCUUGGGGGGGAGCGGUGGCGCUGUUCCGUCGCGCCCCGCGCAAGGUCCCGCGCCGCGCCUCAGCCUGCAGCAGCGGCAGCAGCGGCGCCUCCCGGCCAGCCAGCCGCCCCGCGUCCCCAGCCUCCACAGCGGACACACAGCUGUCAGGGGCGGGGGGAAGGGGCGCCGCCCCCCGCCAAGCUGCGCCCACCGCCGCCUGACGAAAGGGAGAGGCCCAUGCUGACGGCGGCCUCGGCGGCGCUGUACGACGAGGUUGACGAGGACGGAACACCUCCGCUGCCUCACCCCACCACCACCACCACCACCACCACUUCCACCACUACCAUCACCACCAACCCUUCCCCCCCAACCACCAUCCCCCCCACCACUCUCCCCCCACCAGUAACCACCCUCACCCCAACCCCAAAACGGUAG